AUGGAAGGAUUGUCUGGCUCGUAUCUCUUAGAAAGCCCUUGUACUGGCAAUUCUUCUCCGAACAUGACAGCUUCUGAUGGGAAUGAAGGUUAUGAAGUCAAAGAGGCAUUACGCGUACAAAUGGAAGUGCAAAGCAAAUUGCAUCUGCAAGUUGAGGCCGAGAAACACUUGCAUAUUCGCCUGGAUGCAGAACAGAGAUAUCUGGCCAUGCUUGAGAAAGCUUGUAAGAUGCUUGCUGAUCAAUUUAUUGGUGCUGCAGCUAUCAACACAGAUAGCCAGCAGGGGGUGGGGACUAAAACAACUAGAAUUGCCUCUAUUGAUCCACUUGGCUUUUACUCCUUCCAAACCUCUGUGGCGCCCGAAGUGCAUGGUCCAGAGGAUCUACCACCUAGUCUUCAUCACCAAGGGGCUGAUUGUUCUACCGAAAGCUGCCUGACUUCUCAUGAGAGUCCUGGAGGUUUGAAUUUGGAAGUAUCUCCAGCUGGAGGGAAGAAAGGGAUGCUGAGCUUGGAGUCGGCAACAUCUUUGAUCUGGGGUGACACAAAAAUGGGAACCCCAGAAGCCAAUGCGACCCAAGUUAAUUCCUACGGCACCUCUGUGUAUGGAAUGUGGAAUUGA